AUUAUUCCUUCGUACCACUGAAGCCGUGAACCCGGAAAUGAGAUUCGGCCCGUAUAGAACAGGAAAGCCGAGAUAAAGAUUCGCCGCGACAUUCUGGUGCUACUUUCUCGGGAGAGUGGGAAAUCAAUGGCAGCUCGUUUGCUGAGGAGAGCGCUGUUAAGAGCUUCGAGGCCUCUGCCAUCGUCGUCUCCGGUUACAAGCCAAAGUUCUUUGCUAUUUCCUCUCUCUGAGCCGUCAACUUCUGCCAAUUCUCCUCCUUUCUCGCCCCUAAAUUUCUCGUGCAAUAGCAUCUGUUGUCGCCGUCUCUCUUCUCUGAGCGAGGAGUCUCAUGGCCCCGCGGCAAUUGAUUACCGCUCUACGCUGCAGGAAGAUGAGUAUCACAUGUUGGCUAAUUCUACAAUCCAUGAUCUCCUUGAGAAGCUUGAGGAAUAUGGUGACUCUGUGGAGAUCGACGGAUACGACGUUGACUAUGGGAAUGAGGUCUUAACCUUGAAGCUUGGGAGUUUGGGAACUUAUGUGAUAAACAAGCAAACACCAAAUAGACAGAUUUGGAUGUCAUCUCCAGUGAGUGGCCCAUCAAGGUUCGAUUGGGACCAGAAUGCUCAAGCUUGGAUUUAUAGACGAACAAAAGAAAACCUGAUUCAAGUUUUAGAAACGGAGUUGGAAAAGCUGUGUGGACAACCUAUUAGUCUUUCUUAAGUUUCACUAAAUAACAUUUCAUUUACGUCGAAGUUUUUUGUCUCCAGAACACAUUGUCAUACUUUGAGCACUUGCACUUAGCCCUCCUUUUCUUUUCACCAUGUUUCCCCAUUACAUAUUGCAGCCUCACAUCUUCAUCACAAUCGCAGGCUAUGUUCAUAGCACGGCAACAAAUUAUAUGCCAGAAACUCAAAAGAGCAGGGGCUUGAAUGCUGCCCAUGAGCUCCGUUAUAUCAUGGAAGUUUUGGUACGUGUUAAACAUUACGAGAAAGUGUUCUAAAAAUGAUGAUACCAUGCUAUGUAAGAAAUAUUCUUGCAUAAUCAAAUUGGUCAUCGAUCAUCUGAAAUAUCGAAUUGUUGUGGAUGACAAUAUUCUCUCAGUCCUAGACAUGACUGGUAGGAAGAACCAUUUCAUGAUUUGCACUUGCGAAACGAAAGAUGAAAUAAUACUGCACAUUUGGUAUCUA